AUGUUUCAAUAUAUUAAUACAUCUAUCUAUCUAUCUAUCUAUCUAUCUAUCUAUCUAUCACAGUUUAUUUAUUUAAAUCUAUCUAUCUAUCUAUCUAUCUAUCUAUCUAUCUAUCUCAGUUUAUUCAUAUCUAUCUAUCUAUCUAUCUAUCUAUCUAUCUAUCUAUCUAUCUAUCACAGUUUAUUUAUUUAUAUCUAUCUAUCUAUCUAUCUCAUUUAUCUAUCUAUCUAUCUAUCUAUCUAUCUAUCUAUCUAUCUAUCUAUCUCAGUUUAUUCAUUAUCUAUCUAUCUAUCUAUCUAUCUAUCUAUCUAUCUAUCUAUCUAUCUAUCUAUCUAUCUCAGUUUAUUAUCUAUCUAUCUAUCUAUCUAUCUAUCUAUCUAUCUAUCUAUCUAUCUAUCUCAGUUUAUCCAUUAUCUAUCUAUCUAUCUAUCUAUCUAUCUAUCUAUCUCAUCUAUCUAUCUCAUCUAUUCAUCUAUCUAUCUAUCUAUCUAUCUAUCUAUCUAUCUAUCUAUCUAUCUUAGUCUGUUCAUUAUCUAUCUAUCUAUCUAUCUAUCUAUCUAUCUAUAUCAGUCUGUUCCUUAUCUAUCUAUCUAUCUCACUCUGUUCAUUAUCUCUAAUCAAUAUCUAUCUAUCUAUCUAUCUAUCUAUCUAUCUAUCUAUCUAUCUAUCUCUAUCUAUCUCAGUCUGUUCAUUAUCUAUCUAUCUAUCUAUCUAUCUAUCUAUCUAUCUAUCUAUCUAUCUAUCUAUCUUUUUCAUACUAUUGUUGGAAAUGCUCCCAGCGCCCGUGACCGUAUGUCGAAGGGCACCUUUGUAAAAAUUUGUUAUCAUGUCCAAUUUCCUUAUUUCUAUCUAUCUAUCUAUCUAUCUAUCUAUCUAUGUCUAAUCAAUACUAUCUAUCUAUCUAUGUCUAAUCAAUACUAUCUAUCUAUCUAUCUAUCUAUCUAUCUAUGUCUAAUCAAUAUCUAUCUAUCUAUCUAUCUAUCUAUCUAUCUAUCUAUCUAUCUAUCUAUGUCUAAUCAAUACUAUCUAUCUAUCUAUCUAUCUAUCUAUCUAUCUAUCUAUCUAUGUCUAAUUAAUAUCUAUCUAUCUAUCUAUCUAUCUAUCUAUCUAUCUAUCUAUCUAUCUAUGUCUAAUCAAUACUAUCUAUCUACCUAUAUAUCUAUCUAUUGCUGCUUUUAUCUUCUUCGACCGUUUUCUUCAUUUGUGUAUUUAUUUCUUUCGUUUUUUGAUCUUUCAUUAACUUCCGUUUUUCCAUCUUUCAUAUUCCUCUUUACAUUUCUUUUUUCUUUCUUAAUUUCUUUUUCUAUCUCUUUCUUUUUUUUCUUUUACUUGGUUUUCAUUUUCUUUCUUUCUUUCUUUCUUUCUUUCUUUCUUUCUUUCUUUCUUUCUUUCUUUCUUUUUCUUAUUUCCCACACUUACUUACUUACUUACUUUCUUUCUUUUCUUUUGUCACCUUCAAUAUUUCAUUUUUUCUCUUUCUUUUUUCACGUUAUUUUUCAUCUUUUCAUUCUUUAUUUCAACUUCGAUUUUUCAUUUUUCUUUCAUUCUUUCUUUCUUUUUUUCUUUCUUUCUUUCUUUUUUUUCUUUCUUUCUUUCAUCACCUUCAAUUUUCAUUUCUUUCUUUCUUUCUUUCUUUCCUUCAAUUUUUCUUUUCUUUCUUUCUUUCUUUCUUCACUUUCGAUUUUUGAUUUUGUUCUUUCAUUCUUUCUUUCUUUCUUUCUUUCUUUCUUUUCUUUCUUUCUAUUUUUCUUUCUUUCUUUCUUUCAUUCUUUCAUCAACUUCAAUUUUCAUUUCUUUCUUUCUUUCUUUCUUUCAUCAACUUCAAUUUUCAUUUCUUUCUUUCUUUCUUUCUUUCUUUCUUUCUUUCUUUCUUUCUUUCUUUCUUUCUUUGGCUUCUGUUUUUCAUUUCUUUCUUUCUUUCUUUCUUUCUUUCUUUCUUGCAAGACCAUAUCAUUUCAUUCUGUCUACAUUAUAUUUUUUGUCUUUCUUUCUUUCUUUCUUUCUUUCUUUCUUUCUUUGUCUACACUGUUUCUUUGUUCAUCUUUCUUUCUUUCUUUCUUUCUUUCUUUCUUUCUAUCUUUAUCUACACUGUUUCUUUGUUCAUUUUUCCUUCUUUCUUUCUUUCUUUCUUUCUUUCUUUCUUUCUUUGUCUACACUGUUUCUUUGUUCAUCUUUCUUUCUUUCUUUCUUUCUUUCUUUCUUUCUUUCUUUCUUUCUUUGUCUACACUGUUUCUUUGUUCAUUUUUCCUUUUUUCUUUCUUUCUGUUUCUCUUUUUCCACUCUUUUUUGUCUUCUUUUUUUUUUCUUUCUUUCUUUACACUGUUUUUUUGUUCAUCUUUCUUUCUUUCUUUCUUUCUUUCUUUCUUUCUUUCGUUUUCGACUCCUUUUUUGUCUUCACUCUUUCUUUCUUUCUUUCUUUCUUUCUUUCUUUCUUUCUUUCUUUCUUUCUUUCUUUCUUUCUUUGUAUUCACUCUUUCUUUCUCUACAUGCUUUCUUUUUUUCCUUUGUCGCUGUUCUUUAUUUCUUUUUGUCUCUACUCUAUUCUUUCUUUCUUUCUUUCUUUCUUUCUUUCUUUCUUUCUUUACACGCUUUCUUUUUCACUUUUUGCGCAUCUAUCUAUCUAUCUAUCUAUCUAUCUAUCUAUCUAUCUAUUGUUUUAAAUAUGUUUCUAUCUAUCUAUCUAUCUAUCUAUCUAUCUAUCUAUCUAUCUAUUGUUUUAAAUAUGUUUCUAUCUAUCUAUCUAUCUAUCUAUCUAUUCUUAUCUAUUGUUUUAAAUCUGUUCCUAUCUAUCUAUCUAUCUAUCUAUCUAUCUAUCUAUCAAUUGUUUUAAAUCUGUUCCUAUCUAUCUAUCUAUCUAUCUAUCUAUCUAUCUAUCUAAAAUGUUUUCGUAUCUAUCUAUCUAUGCAAAUCUUUAUAUAUCAAUCUGUUCAUAUCUCUCUCCCUCACCCUCUCUUUCUCUCCCCCUCUCCCUCUCCUUUUCUUUCUCUCGCUCUUUCCCUUUUUCUCUCAUUGUCUAAGUCAUAUAAUAAUUGGGGCUGUUCUUAUCUAUCUAUCUAUCUAUCUAUCUAUCUAUCUAUCUAUCUAUCUAUCUAUCUAUCUAUCUGUCUCUUAAAUGAAUCUUUCUCUGUCUAUACUCUUUGUUUUUCUUUCUUUCUUUCUUUCUUUCUCUUUUCCUUUUUCCUUUCUUUUGUCUUUAUUCUUUCUUUCUUUCUCUUUUUCUUUUUCCUUUCUUUUGUCUUUAUUCAUUCUUUCUUUCUCUUUUACUUUUUCCUUUCUUUUGUCUUUCUUUCUUUCUUUCUCUUUUACUUUUUCCUUUCUUUUGUCUUUAUUCUUUCUUUCUUUCUCUUUUACUUUCUCCUUUCUUUUGUCUUUCUUUUUUCUUUCUUUCUUUCUUUCUCUUUUACUUUUUCCUUUCUUUUGUCUUUAUUUGUUCUUUCUUUCUUUUCAUUCCUUUAUAUUCAGUUUUUCUUUCUUUAA